AGAAAGUCGCGGCGGCGGUGGCGGCGGCGUGCAAGUGGACGUGCCAACCUCGCGGAGCGAGAUCAACGCCUUGGUGUUAUUAAGCCCGUCCGUCACAUGUGGCUACGAGCUCAAUGUGACGUUGACGCUUUGUACGUGAGCGACAUCCGUUGGUUGAGUGUCCGGAAAGCCUCGUAAGAACGCUUUUAUUCGGGAUUCCGCUGUCACCAGCAAUGGCGAGGCGUAAAAAGCGCAACAACCCGCCUGAGUAUUGUGCUUGAAGCUGCUGGCUGGCCGGAGCGUCGCUCAAACACGCGAGCCGCUUCCUGCGCCACGACGACAUGGACAGCCCGGGCGCCGAGAACCCCGGCAGGGCUGCGGAGUAUUUACAAGAGCUCAACAAGAUCAUCGAGACGCAGCAGGAGUUGCUGGAGAGGCAACGGGCGCGGAUCGAGGAGCUGGAGCGGCAAGUGUGCGACUUGUGCGCGGAAAACGGUUGCCUGAAGGAGCGCUACCAGCGGCACCUGACAAGCUGCAGGCUGCUGCAAGGCGCCGACAGCCCCCACUUGCUCGGGGCCAUCCAGGAGCAUAUCACGCAUGACAAGUCUGAUGGUGAUGCAUCCAGGAUAGUCAGGAGACAUUCCUCGCUUCCUGGCCAAGUCACAGAAACUCCCGGAAGCUUAGUGACUGUUGGCAUUAGAGGAGUCAUACCAUGUCGCAAGUGGAAGUCCGCUUCCUUUGGUGUGGAAGGGGACGGACGGUCCAAUGAGAGCGGCCCUUCCCUGGAUGCAGGCGCAGGAUAUGGGCCAGGCCCAGUGACUCACGGGUCAGCCAUCAGCCCUGACCGUUUUGAUAGUUCCCUCUACAGCCACGGGGUUCAACCUGGGCCUCAGAGACCCCGUCGGCCGAAGCUCCAGCAUUCACAGUCCAUCCUUCGGAAGCAGGCAGAGGAAGAGGCCAUCAAGCGCUCUCGCUCGCUCUCGGAGAGCUAUGAGCUCUCCGCUGAUCUCCAGGAUAAACAGGUGGAAAUGCUGGAGCGCAAGUAUGGCGGACGAUUCAUAACCCGGCAUGCGGCUCGCACGAUCCAAACAGCCUUCCGCCAGUAUCAGAUGAACAAGAAUUUUGAACGUCUCAGGAGCUCUAUGUCUGAGAACCGCAUGUCCAGACGCAUCGUUCUCUCCAACAUGAGGAUGCAGUUGUCGUUUGAGGGUGCAGAGAAAGUGCACAGCUCCUACUUUGAAGGGAGGCAGGUGUCCAUGACGGAAGACGGCGCCCCGCUGUCGAUGUUGCAGUCGGAAUGUGGGGAUAUACAGGUCCACCAGCAGGCCAAUAUGGCGUCUCAUCCGACCCCUCAGGGCGAUCUGACCGACGCCAUCACGGAACUCGAGGACGCCUUCUCCAGGCAGGUCAAAUCCCUGGCCGAAUCGAUAGACGAUGCACUGAACUGCCGUAGCCUCCAGGGGGAUGACGGUCCGGACCCCGAGGUGGAGAGAGAGGUUACCUAUCAGGUGAAGUCCCACCGCCGGGCAGCCGGACACAUUCACGAUGACGGGAUGGCGUCUUAUCGCGAUGUCACUCUGUUCAUUGACGAGGACGACAUGUCGCCUCCCAUUGCUCUAUCGAGGUCGGGAGAGCAGCCCUCGGGCGCAGAACCAGACAUGCGCUUGCGGUCUGUUAACUCCUCCCAGGACUACUGGCCCAUCGACCCGAAAGAUGAGGGUCGUGACACGGACACAAGCUGCCGCAGCACUCCUUCUCUGGAAUGUCAAGAGCAGCGUCUAAGAAUGGACCACCUUCCCUUGUUGACGAUAGAACCUCCUAGCGACAGCUCGGCGGAGUUAAGCGACCGCUCCGAACGGGGCUCGGUCAAAAGGCCCGUGUAUGAGCCGCACGGCCACAUCGUGACGUCAUCCCAGGCGAGCCCCAAACAUAUUUCCCAUGGUCCUCCUCCACGAGCGCAAUCCCGCGAUGAGGACGCACCUCUCCGUCACCGCCACCGCCAGCUGGAGAGCCACCUGGCUAUCAACGGCUCGGCAAAUCGGCAGAGCAAGUCCGAGUCUGACUUUUCAGACGGAGACAACGACAGCAUCAACAGCACGUCGAACUCCAACGACACGAUCAACUGCAGCUCCGAGUCCUCGUCGAGGGACAGCCUGCGGGAGCAGACGCUCAGCAAGCAGACCUACCACAAAGAGACCCGCAACAGCUGGGAUUCGCCCAUCUUCAGCAACGACGUGAUCCGCAAGAGACAUUACCGCAUCGGCCUCAAUCUCUUCAACAAGAAGCCAGAGAAGGGCAUCCAAUACUUGACCGAGAGGGGCUUCAUCCCUGACACCCCGGUCGGUGUGGCUCACUUCUUGCUGCAAAGGAAAGGCCUGAGCCGGCAGAUGAUCGGAGAGUUCCUAGGAAAUAGACAGAAACAGUUCAACAGGGAUGUUUUGGACUGUGUGGUAGAUGAAAUGGACUUCCAGAGCAUGGAGCUGGAUGAAGCUCUCAGGAAAUUUCAGAACCACAUCCGUGUCCAAGGAGAAGCCCAGAAGGUGGAACGACUCAUUGAAGCCUUCAGCCAGCGCUACUGCAUCUGCAACCCAACGGUGGUGCGGCAGUUCCGGAACCCUGACACGAUUUUCAUCCUGGCCUUCGCCAUCAUCCUCCUCAACACAGAUAUGUACAGCCCCAACGUGAAGCCUGAGAGGAAGAUGAAGCUGGAGGAUUUCAUCAAGAAUUUAAGAGGUGUGGAUGAUGGUGAGGAUAUUCCGAGGGAGACUCUGGUUGGGAUCUAUGAGAGGAUCCGAAAGCGGGAACUGAAGACCAAUGAAGACCACGUGUCGCAGGUCCAGAAAGUUGAGAAGCUCAUUGUCGGGAAGAAACCAAUCGGAUCACUCCAUCAUGGCCUUGGAUGUGUUCUAUCACUGCCCCAUCGCCGCUUGGUGUGUUACUGCCGCCUCUUUGAAGUGCCAGAUCCCAACAAGCUCCAGAAGCUGGGCCUGCAUCAGCGGGAGAUCUUCCUGUUCAAUGACCUACUUGUGGUGACAAAGAUUUUUCAGAAGAAGAAGAACUCGGUGACAUACAGCUUCAGACAGUCCUUUUCGCUCUAUGGGAUGCAAGUCAUGCUGUUUGAAAACCAAUAUUACCCAAAUGGAAUCAGACUUACGUCAGCCAUCCCAGGUGCGGAUAUCAAAGUCCUCAUCAACUUCAACGCGCCCAACCCCCAGGACCGCAAGAAGUUCACAGAUGACCUGCGAGAGUCCAUUGCUGAGGUUCAGGAAAUGGAGAAAUACAGAAUAGAAUCCGAGCUUGAGAAGCAGAAGGGGGUGGUGAGGCCCAGCAUGUCGCAGAGCUCUGGCCUGAAGAAAGAAGCUGGCAAUGGCAGCAUGAAUCGUGCGAGUCUGGAUGACACCUAUGCCAUGGGCGAAGGGCUGAAGAGGAGCGCCCUCAGCAGCUCCCUGCGAGAUCUCUCCGAAGCAGGCAAGCGGGGGCGUCGCAGCAGUGCAGGAUCACUAGACAGCAAUAUGGAAGGGUCCAUCAUUAGCAGCCCGCACACGUGCCGAAGAGCCGCCACCCCGCGCGAGGGGACGUCACGCGAGCAUCCUCCCCUCCCCAACUCGGCAUCCACCUCCAUCCUGGGCUCGCUAUUUGGCAGCAAGAGAGGCAAACCGUCCUCCCAAAGCCACGGGCCUCACCCCCCGCCCGGCCACCCUACGCUCAUCUCCCACAAGCCCCACCCAACCAACCUGCACCACACAGCGCAGGUGGUGCACGGUGCGCCGCUGCCGCACCACGGCCACCACCCGCAGUACUGCCAAGUCCCUCAGAACCCGCCGCCUUACCACCACCAUCACCACUACCACCCACCGCCGCACACGCAGUACCACAAGCACCCCGGCUACCCCGCGCAUGCCCAGCACAGCCACUACAGCCAGCAUUCUCAUCACAGCUCCCAGCCGCAGCAUGGUGGUGGUGGGGGGCACCACAGUAGCCAGCAAGCAGGCGCAGCACCCGGCGGACCCAAAAGCAAACACAGUGGCAUCAGCACCGUAGUGUGAUGACGUGACGGCGACGGAGGGCACCGCCGGCGAGGGACGGUUUCUGACACCAAAGGGAUGACUGACGGCGCGACUCGCGCGACGGCCUGUCCACUGUGUUUUACUGCUGCUGCCAUGGAAACCACCUGCAGGCACUGUUUCACCUCCACGUCCAACUAAUAGGCAGGAUGGACAAUUGGACCACAACUAUCCCACCAGGGGCCUUUAUUACUAGUAUGUUUGAUUCCGGGUUUGCCCCCCCCCCCUCCGCCCUCUCCCCUCAUCAUUGGCGGCGGGUGGAGCUGUACACACACAUGCGCACACAUCGGCGGGCUGCCCCUUUCCACAGCCUCCAUGUAAUCAGGAGGAAAGACAACCCUGGCACAACAAUGAUGGCGACAUUGUGGUGCACAACUUUUUCAGUUUGGAUGCUAUUUAUCCCUGCCUCCGAUCGAGCUCACAUGUAAUGAAGAUAUAAUUAUUUGACUCAAAGCGGAGGACAGGUGAGCGAUGUCUGAGUUCUAUUAGUUCUAGUGCUGUAUUUACCGUAGAUGACAGCUGUACGUUUUGUCUCCUAGCGCUCAUACAUAAAUGUGCCAAUUAUUAACGCAUAAUCUAUUUAGUCAAGACUUGCUGUACAGUAUGUCGUGAGUAAUUUGUAAGAUUAUACCUACAAUUAUUAUCAGCAAAAAGUUAUCAGUAUUAUACUGACUCUGGGGUAGCAAAGCUGUAGAUGCGCAAGCAGUGAAAUCAGCCUCGAAUCUAUCUUGGGAGUUUGGCCUUUCCAAGGGAGAAGGAGCUUUGAGAUGGCAGCUGUUGCAACGCCACUACAUUGAUUCUUCUUGCCCACGAGCCACUUUAAAGUACAAAUUUGCCGUUGCGGCUCGUAAAAUAUUUUAGACAGAGGCUUGGAGCAUGAAUGUUGAAAGAAAUGCAGAGGUUAUAAGUAACAGCUGCCAUCUCCACUAAUUAAAUCUAACUAGAAUUUUUUUUUGCUUUUGCGUUUUUUUUUUUCCCUCACCAACAAGUGAGUGACUUAAAUCUGACAGUAAAUAAUUUGUUUUUGUAUCAUAUGUGCAAUAUCCUUGUACUGAUUAGGAACACGCAAAGUGUCCCUAAGAUUCGUGCGAUUUGUUUGUUUGUUUUGUGUCAUUAUUUAUUUUUGUUUUUCGGCCCCUCUCUGUCUAAAUUAAUGCUCGCUGCAGGCUCAGAGCCCUGGUGGAAUGUCUAGUGAUUUUUUUGCAUGUACUGUUAUUGAUGUGAGGCUGUCCUCUGCACAUUGUAUAACAAAUCAGUGUUACCAUAGCAAGUUUUAAGUGCAAUCAUGUUCCCAAAUGCAGACUUGUACUGAGAGUGGAAGUCUUCUGUUGUCCAGGUGAUAAAGCAACUCCCCCCCCCCCCCUUAUUUAGGAGUAUAUAAAUACCUACAAGGGGAAGAUAGAGUGAGGAGGAAUGUGUGUAUAUAUUUUAUUAAAGGAGUAGCUACUUCUUGGCCAGAUAUAUUUUGCUGGAUAAGCACAUAAAAUAACCUUUCUUUUAAUAAUAAAUGCAGUUGUACCGCAGAAAUGUAUACUGAACAAAGAAACUUGGAGUAUGUAAAGAAUAACUUUAUACAUUCGACAAAUAAGAGUUUAUUCUAGUGUGCACAUUGGUAACAGUAGACGAUUUGUUCCAAUUAUUCAGGUUGUACAGGUAUAUUAAGAGUCACGAAAAAAAAUUCAUGGCCAUCAAUCAGGCUUUCACCUUCCUGAUUCUCACAUAUCAGACAGGAGCUGAAUGUUUCUUUCUAUUGAGUUCCGUGUUUUGCUAUGAUUUGGACCCUCAUGUCCCGUUCGUGUUUGGUGCGUGUCUACAGUCAUUUCUUUGUGAAAAGGAACCCCAACAAUGCACUGCAUGGAUCCAAUGCAUCACAUGUCCUAUUCACUGUGAGACGAAUGGGGGGAGGAUGGAGGAGAUCAGCCUAUCAUAGAAACUGGCUUAGUUUUGUUUUUUAUAGUUUGGAGUUUGCCAACGUUGCCGUGUUUUUUUUUUUUUUUCGUGUUAGGCUGGUUAAUAAUAAAGCUCGGCAUGCAUUUCAUCAACAAAGCCAUUGUGUGUACAUUAUAAACAUAAAGAACGUUGCACUUCCUUAGCUGAGGGCUUUCGUUGUGUAAAUAUGAGAUUUGGAUGUGCAAACUGCUUGGAUGGAGGAUUUAUCUUUACGAAGGUGUAAAGGGACCAAGUUGGUGGUUAUAUGAUACUGUACAUAGUGUGAAUACGAUCCAUACUUUAUUCUGAUAUCUGCAGUUUUGAUCAGGAUGUAAAAACAUCCCCUCAUAGAAUGAGUGAGGGCUGAACAUAUCGAUUGUCUCGGGAAUCGACAUUUGCUGUAGAGAUCAAAAGCUGACUGUUAGAAAAGUUCGCUGCCAUUUCCAUCAUGCUCCUUCCGUGCAGACAUACACAUACAACAACACCAGACAAAUGAAUCUUACCGCGAACUGUUCGUUCUGGUGUGAGACUCAUUAAAAGAAGAAGGAAAAAAAAGAAAAUACAAGAAUGGCCUCAUUUAUGUGUGCAUUCUGUUUGUACAGUGAGUAGUGAGUCAGUAAGACCCCAGUUAUUGUAAAACUUCAACUGUGACAAUGUUGAGAACGCAAAAUAAACAAAUAUAUGACUUAU